AAAAAAUAAUUUAAGAAAUUUCAACGUACGAAUUAAAAUGAGCGAGGCUGGUGUGGCUGUGGAGACGGAGGCUACUACCGAGAAAAUGGUGGCCAACAACAAGAUACACUUCUCGAAGGAGGUGAAACAGGUCAUCGACAAGGUCCUAAAAACGGAGGAUCCUAUGGAUGCACCCGACUUCAACACCGUGGACUACAUCAACCAGCUGUUCCCCAACGAGCAGUCGCUGGUGGGCAUCGAUGAGACCAUACAGAAGAUGCAGUGCGAGGUGUCUCUGAUAGAUGACAACAUUCGAUCCGUGGUGCGCGGGCAGACCAAUACGGGGCAGGACGGACAACUGGCUUUGUGCGAGGCGCAGAAGGUGAUUAGUUCCCUGUUCAGUCACAUUAUCGACGUUAAGACGCGUGCCGAGCGCACGGAAGAGAUGGUCAAGGAAAUUACGCGCGACAUCAAGCAGCUGGACUGUGCCAAGCGGAACCUCACAUCGGCCAUUACUACGCUGAAUCAUCUCCAUAUGCUGGUCGGAGGAAUCGAGAGCCUUAACCAGCUGAUUGAGCGACGGUCAUACGGGGAGAUUCUGAAUCCCUUGCAGGCCAUCACAGAGGUUAAUCAGCAUUUCCAGCAGUUCUCCGACAUUGAGGAAAUCAAGAAUCUCUCCCAGAGCGUAGACAAAAUACAGGUGACUUUGGCGCAGCAAAUCACCGAGGACUUCAAGGAGGCGUUUGCCUCGAAGCCUUCGGGCCAGAAGCAGUAUAGGUUGGGACUGAAUCAACUGGGGGAUGCGUGCAAGGUUAUGUCCGUGCUGGAUCCAAAAGUGAAGAAGGAGUUGCUCAAAUGGUUCAUUGCCCAGCAGCUGGAAGAGUACAUGCACCUAUUCCAUGAGAACCAGGACAUAGCCUGGCUGGACAAAAUCGACAAGCGAUAUGCAUGGCUCAAGCGGCACCUGCUAGACUUUGAGGACAAGUACGGACCCGUCUUUCCACUGGACUGGGAAGUUUCAGAGCGCAUAACCGUGGAGUUCUGUCGGCAGACGCGCGAGCAGCUGUCGCAGAUAAUGGCCAAGCGGAGCAAUGAGAUCGAUGUUCGUUUGCUACUCUUUGCCAUCAACAAGACGCAGGCCUUCGAACAACUGCUAUCAAAACGCUUCACGGGAGUUACUCUUGGAGCCACGCCCGCGGAGCAGACGCGUGUGUUGGUGCCGCCUUCUGGGGCAGAUGCGCCUGUCGCCAUCUCUGUGUUCCAUGACCAGAUCGGACAGUGCUUCAAAUCCCACUUGGAUAUCUACAUACGCAGCAUCGAUCGGAAUCUGUCCGAGCUAAUGGACAAGUUCGUGGAGAUGUCCCGGGAGCCGUACAAGUUCGCCGAGGCCAAGACCACCGUGUACCCCAGUUCUGGAGAUCUGUUCGUGUUCUACAAGAAGUGCAUGGUACAGUGCAAUCAACUGAGCAACGAGCAACCCAUGUACGACCUGGCUCUGGUCUUCAAGAAAUACCUUCGAGAGUACGCCGCAAAGGUGCUCGAGGGGAGCACCCCAAAGCUCGUUCCGACUACCACCAGCAGUUCCAUUGGCAAGAGCGUUUCUCUGCUCACCCGCGACAUGCAAAACCUCUCUUCGGCUGCUGGCCAGGUGUUCCACAACUUCCUCAAGGAGGGCGAUACGCAACGAUUUACACGCGACGAUCUCGUGAGGAUCUGUUGCGUCCUGACAACUGGCGAGUACUGCCUGGAGACGGUCCAGCAGCUGGAGGACAAGUUGAAGGAGAAAGUCACCGCUGGCUAUGUCGCCAAGAUCGAUAUGAGUGAGGAAAAGGAUGUGUUCCAUCGAAUAAUUUCCAACUGCAUCCAACUGCUGGUUCAGGAUCUGGAGGCUGGAUGCGAGACCUCGCUGCAGGCCAUGGCGAAGGUGCAAUGGCAGCACAUCAACAACGUGGGAGAUCAGAGCGCAUUCAUCAACAGCAUCUGCAGCAACUUUAAGCAGACAGUGCCCACCAUCCGGGACACGCUAGCCAGCUCACGUAAAUACUUUACACAGUUCUGCCAUCGCUUCGUGGCCGCCUUCAUUCCGAAGUUCAUCAAUGUGCUGUACAGAUGCAAGCUCACCCUUUCGGAUGGCUCAAAUAAUGUCUUGGGCUGUGAACAGCUUCUCUUGGACACGCACUCGCUGAAGACGGCGCUACUGGAGCUGCCUUCGGUCGGGUCGAGUGUGAAUCGCAAAGCGCCCACCAGUUACACCAAGGUGGUGGUCAAGGACAUGACGCGGGCCGAAAUGAUUAUUAAGGUGGUCAUGACUCCAGUCCAGCCGCCAGCACACUUUACGCAGCAGGUGCUGAAGCUGCUGCCAGACAUCACCAUUGCAGAGUAUCAGAAGAUUCUUGACAUGAAAGCGGUCAAGCGAGUGGAUCAACUGCAGCUGAUAGAUCUCUUCAAGCACACGGCGUCGGCGGCAGCGGUUAGUGGUCUAAUUGAGCCAGCCGCCAGCGGCGAUGAGGACACCCAAAGCACAGAUCACACUCAUCCGGGAGGCAUUGUUGAUGAUGCCGAGCCAGGUGCCUCGAGUGCCACGGGUGAUUCUACAACGAUCACAACGACAACCGCCUCAUCCGCCACACCCAAGCGGGCCUUCAUCUUCAGCGUCGGCAGUUUCACGGGCAGUGCGGACAAGAAUGCGGAUGGCAGCUCCCAGACGGGCAUUCGGAAGCUGGAAAGUUUGCUGAAGAAACGCUUUCCCUAGUCAAACUACGAGUAUUUGUAAUCCCUUCUGACCCAUCAUUCCAUUAAGUUCUAGCAGCACCUUUGAGUUUGACAAAGUUCUUUAAAGUUUCGAUAUACAUAUGUAGUUAUCGCAUGUAGAUUUAACUGGAAAGAAAGAUAGCAUACCAAAACCAAUUCCAAUUUAUGUUGUAAUCCACUUGCAGUUCCUUAGGUCUGCCCUGAACUUAUCGUUUUAUAUAUUAAAAUAUGUUUGUAAAGAUGUAAA